AUGGACCUGGCACUUUUCUGCCUCUUAUGUGGAUUUUAUUCCGUUUUGGCCAGAGAGGGAAGAUAUAGUGCACCUGUCAUGGAUGUGAAAUCUCAACAUCUUGUCCUGAGCACAGACCAAACCCUGCUCCUCAACUGCAGGGGCCGCUGGAAGCUGAGGUGGACGUCCCCUCCGGCUCAGACCACAGAGCAGAUCAUAGAGGAGAACUCUCGCUGUGGAAGAACCAAACAGCAUUACUGCAGUCGCCUGAGCGUCAGUGACACCACGGCCCAGAACACAGGCCUCUACAAGUGCUACUAUGAGCAUCGACCUGAGAAGAACACGUCUGUGUAUGCUUAUAUCACCGACAACCAUCAGCCAUUCGUGGAACAUUCAGGGAUGAGCCCUGAUGUGUUGUACAAGAGAGAAAAAGAAUCACUUGUCAUUCCAUGUCGUGUCACGCACCCGAACACCACUGCCACACUGGCCAAGUUCCCAAAUGGCCAGAGGCUAAGUCCAGAUCGGAGGAACAUUCUGUGGGACAGUACUAUCGGCUUCACCAUCCGCAGCCCCACCUUGUAUUACACUGGGCCUUUUUUCUGUGAGAUCACAGGGGAUGGUCCCGUUUUAAAGUCACGGAUAUACAUUAUACAUAGGCCAGUGAGCAACAUUCUGGACGUGUACCUGAACAGCAGUGGGCUGGUGGAGGCUCUGAAGGGGGACAGACUGGUACUGAACUGCACAGCCACUGGGGAGCUGAACACCAGGGUCAACAUCACCUGGGACUAUCCAGGCCAGAACAACAGCUUCCACUCCAUCACAAAGCGGAUCCAUAGACACAGAACCCACAUACAGUUUUACAGCAUCCUGACCAUCCCAAAGCUGCAGCACUCCGACCGCGGCCAGUACACCUGCCGUGUGUCCAGUGGCCACAAUGUCAAACAGAAGAAGGUGCCAGUCACCAUUUAUGACCGUCCAUUUAUACGCCUUAAGCCCAGACAUGGAUGCUUAAUAGAAACAGAAGUCGGACAGAAAUCCUACAAAAUCUCUCCUAAACUACGAGCAUUCCCAGCCCCAGAGGUCAUGUGGUUAAAGGAUGGCAGAGUUGCAGCAGAGCAGUGUUCCAGGUAUCAUUUAGAGGGGCACUCGUUGGUGAUCCGGGAUGUUGCAGAAGAGGACGCUGGGAAAUACACUAUCUUGGUCCGAAACCAGGAGCAUGGACUUUGCCAGAAUCUAACACUUACCCUGGUGGUGAAAGUGAAACCGCAGAUUGGAGAGAAAGCAGUGUCAUUACAGGACCCUGGGCCUGUCCCGCAUGGAAGCCAACAAGCACUGCGAUGCACAUUACAUGGGAUCCCCCCUCCUCAUAUCCACUGGUCCUGGCACCCAUGUCCAGCAAAAGGCCUGUGUUCCACGUCCUCCUCUCGCUGGACCCCUGUGACUGCGGGACAGCCGGCCACCUCCACACAAAACCACAUCCUGACAAUUUUUCAGCACCACCAAGUCCUCCAGGGAAAGAACAAGACGGUGGGGGUCCUGACUGUAGCAGAGGCCUCUGUUUCUGGAGUGUACCGCUGCUUUGCCUCCAACUCUGCAGGCGCUGACCACUGGGACAUCCACUUCUACAUCACAGAUAUGAAGGGCGGCUUCAGUGUGACGCAGGAGGCGUCCUGGGAGGGCGGAGUCCUUCAUCUCACCUGCAGAGCCAACAAACACAUGUACAGUGCGUUGUCAUGGACACAGAUGAGCAGGGCUCGUCCUCUGCCAGGUCAGCUCAGCGUGGGGCCGUUCUCUUCUGCUCUGAAGCUGCAGCGUCAUAAUGUGAGCGCUGCUGACUCAGGGCUGUACAGGUGCUCUGCACACAACCUGCUGACGGGACGUCCCGCUCACCUGGACAUACAAGUCAAUGUGUCAAUUUUGGAGGCGCCUGUGUUUCUUCAUAAUUUGAGUGACAGCACGGUGAACUCCAGCAGCUCUGUGGAGCUCCAGUGCUUGUGUCACGGUGUCCCGCCUCCCACGGUCACAUGGUACAAAGGGGAACACGCUCUGCUUCCAGGAUCAGGAAUCAUGAUAUCUCCAGAGGACGGUACUCUACACAUUGAGCGUGUCCGUGAAGAGGACCAGGGCCUGUACACCUGCAGAGCCACCAACGAGAGGGGAUCUACUCAGAGCUCCGCCCAUAUAUGGGUCAACAGUGUUUCAGAGUUUUCUUUCCUCGAGGUUCCCACUCUGACUUGCACCUGUGUCGUGGCCACACUUCUCUGGCUCCUGCUCACACUGCUCAUUCGAAGAUUAAGACAGCACACAAAAGCAGACUACCUGUCCAUCCUCCUGGACACUGAUGAGAGGCCCCUGAGUGAACAGUGCCACCGACUGCAGUAUGACGCCACCCAAUGGGAGUUCCCAAGAGAGCGUCUCAAAUUAGGGAAACCUUUGGGUCGAGGAGCUUUCGGUAAAGUGGUGCAGGCUUCUGCUUUUGGCAUCGACAACGAAACCAGGUGCAGGAUUGUGGCUGUCAAAAUGCUCAAAGAGGGAGCCACUGUCAGCGAACACAACGCUCUACAGACUGAACUGAAGAUCCUCAAUCACAUAGGAAAUCAUUUAAAUGUGGUAAAUCUGUUAGGGGCCUGUACAACACCAGGAGGACCUUUAAUGAUCAUUGUUGAGUACUGUCGCUAUGGAAACCUCUCCAGCUUUCUCAAAACCAAAAGAAGCUUAUUUGUGGAUUAUAAAAAUCAGUCUUAUAAUGACACAUGUGGCUUGGAAACGGCACUUCAUGCCUUUGAUCAGAGAGAUGCAGAUGAACUAAAGUUAGUCACAAAUUCCCCUUUAUUCCUGGAAGAUCUCAUCUCCUUCAGCUUCCAGGUGGCCCGAGGAAUGGAGUUUCUUGCAUCUCGCAAGUGCAUCCACAGAGACUUGGCUGCUCGGAAUGUGCUGCUUUCAGAAAACAAUGUGGUGAAGAUUUGUGACUUUGGUCUGGCCCGGGACAUCUACGGAGACCCUGACUAUAUCCGCAAAGGUGAUGCUCGCUUGCCCCUGAAGUGGAUGUCCCCAGAGUCCAUCUUUGACAAAGUGUUCACCACACAGAGUGACGUCUGGUCCUUUGGGAUCCUGCUGUGGGAGAUCUUCUCUCUGGGAGCCUCUCCGUACCCCGGCCUUUACAUCGAUGAAACGUUCUGUCAUCGGCUCAAAGAGGGGACCAGGAUGAGAGCCCCCCAAUACAGCACACCUGAAAUUUACAGUACAAUGCUGGCCUGCUGGGAGCCGCGUCCUUCAGACCGACCCUCCUUCACCGAGUUGGUGCAGACUCUGGGAGACCUCCUCCAAGCACAGGUUCAGCAGGAUGGGAAACACUACAUUCCCCUCGGAUCCAUCGGCACUGAGGAUUCACAAGGCAACAAAAGUCAAAGGGACAACCCACUGGCCGUAACUAACCUUAGUUACAUGAGGGGAAUGAACUCACUGCUGACAUUUGAGGAACCAUCACUGGAGGUGCAAAGCCGCCCAGAUGAAGAACAAAGUGACAGUGGCAUGGUCCUGCCCUCAGAGGAACUGAAAAAUGUGACUGAAAAGAACAGCUCCAAAUUUAACAGGGUGAUAAGCUGCACGGAACUCCAGACAAAACACGGAGCUAUUAACGACGCCACGAGUCACGGAAACAGAUCGACUGAUGGCGGCUCUCCAAGACAACUCAACCCUUCGUUUCUCUCUCCUUAA